AGAGAGAGAGAUUAUUCCGUUAGAGAGACACAAACAAUCUCACGUGUGGAGGGACGGACACUGAGGGAAGCGUGUAAGGUGACGAUGGGAUUAUCAGCGGCUCCUGCUCAUCCCACCCUCUGCUCUUCUUGUAUAUCCCAGUAACAGCGGCCGGGGGGAGAAAUAUACAUCACUUCCCAUAUUUAAAAAAGAGAAGAUUGGCUCCCUCUAAAGUUGUAAUAGUCAUCCAGAAUGAAAAUGGCAGCCCCAUUCUCCAAGGAGUACAAAGCAGUGACAAGCCUCCGUGUCUCUGAGGAGGACUACUGCCUUGAGCUUGCCCCUGCCAAUGAAUGGAGGACCCUGGCUGUGUCUUCCUCUGAUAAGAUAGUGUCAUUAUUGGAAACAGAAACCUUGACAAAGACACUGACCUUGGAGCCACACUUGGAGCCCAUCACUGGCAUCAAGUUCUCCCAGAGUGACAGCAACAAUCUCUGGACUAGCAGUGUCGAUGGCUCCAUCAAAAUGUGGGACCUGCGAUCCAGCCAGUGUGAAAAAGAAUUUCAGGGAAAAAAUGAGACUUCUCUUGACUCUAAACCUAUCACUUGUUUUGAUAUUUCUAAUAAUGAAAGAAUCCUUUGUGGGGGUACAGAGCUGUUGGAACAUGGUGCUUUCAUACUGUUCUGGGACAUUCGUGGAAAGGAGGUUCUUGGGAGCUAUUUUGAGUCUGCUACGGAUGACAUCUCUCAGAUUGUUUUCAACCCACAUCAGGAUGAUAUUCUUGCUGCAGCCUCUACUGAUGGGUUAAUUAAUAUAUUUGACAUAUCACAGAACUCUGAGAGUGAUGCUCUCACAUAUAGUUUAAAUACAGAGGUGGCUGUGUCAAAACUAUGUUGGCAAAGUCAUGGAAGUAAGUAUGAGAGGCUGGCAGCAACCACAGAUGUGGAAACUUUCCAGUACUGGGACAUAAGAGAAGCUGCACCAUUGCAUAGCUUUUCCAGGGAGGAAAUAGCUGGUGCCAUGAAGUGCCAGACAUCAGAUGAAAGCUAUAUUGUGUCUGCAAUGGUAUUUAAUCAUAGUGAUGAUCCGAUUAUCUUAGCUGGAUUCCACACUGAAUCAGAAAGUGACUCGCUGCGAACUUUAAGGCUUGACCUAUCUUCUGGGCAAUUGAGACAACAUGGGAACUUUGUGGCUCGACAAUCACUGCUCAUGACGCGCACAGCCUUGUACCAGCCACAGACAGACACUUUCUUCACUGGAGGAGAGUGUGGAGUGGUGAGGCUGUGGUGCCCUGAAACACAGGCAACCACAGGGAAAGAGCAUUUGACUAAAAAAACAAAGCAGCACAGAAAUAAGCCUUAUUAGCUUAGAUGUGAAUGUUUAUGUUAUGGUUCUAUUUGUGCAUGAAUGUUGAUUUUACAUAGCCAAGAAAAUUAAUAGGCUCUCAAGUUCAUAAAAAUAUUAAUUCAUGAUAAUUGACUUUGUUGCUUGAUACAAAUAAAGUAUUCAGUGUAUUUUCAUGAAUUAUUUUAACUUACUGUAAAUUAGGAAAAGAAUUACAAAACAUUGGCACAUUAUAUGUACAUACAUAUCUAUAGAUUUGGCAGAUAAAGGAGUACAUGAUUGAUAUAACAUGUAUUCAAAAUAAAUGUAAAUCCAUGGUCCUUAGGAGGCAUCCUACUAAAUAUGAUCGACUAGGGAAAGUGGAUGUAAAAACUGGAAAAAUUAAGAAAAAGUGUGCUGUAUCCAAGAAAUUAGGAUUUUUCAUUCACCUACCUUGUCAGAGUGUGAAUGUCAUGUCGUGUUAAAUGAUGUAUAUGGAAAACACUGACUUGCUGGAGCUGCAAUGUGCUGGAGCAAUUUUAGAAGUGUCACAUGAAGUA